AUGGCAAAUAAAUUCAUUCUUGUCCCUGAGGAUAUUUAUCGUGGUCUUACAACAAGUGAUGUAGGUGAACCAAAUCUAGAUUUUACUCGUCGUGCUUUAGAAAGAUCUAAAAGAAAAAAAGAAAGUGAAUCAUCUAAAAAUGUACACUAUAAUCAAGAAUUGAGGCGGUAUUUACAAUUGAGAAAUGAACGCGAAAAUAGGCCAGUUAAAGUUGAACUUGUUAACAAUAAAUCUAAAGGGACUAUUAUACCCAAAAGUAAUUCACGGCGCGCAUCGUAUAUUUCUGCAAAUGAUGAGAUAGAUAAUGACGAUAACUGGAUUAGUGACAAUUCUUUUUCAUAUUAUCCCCAAGAACCCCCUAAUCAUGCAUACAAUAUUGUCCCGUCUCUCUCUUCAUCUUCAAAUCAUUCAUCAACUACAAGUGGUCAAAAUAUAGAACUAGAUCCCAGACCUACAUCAAAUCAAGCUUUAGAAAGAAAUUUUAAAAAUAAUGGUAAAAGAAUUAAAAUAAAGAGAGAUAUAAAAAAGAAAAGAAAACCAAAAAGAAAAACAAAUAAAAAAAUUUCGCCAACUGAAGAUACUGUAGAGCCAGACUCUAUUGUAGCAUCACAAAAUGCACCAUUAAGUCCUUCACCUCCUAUACCUUUAGAAGUAUCAAAAAGAGACCUAGACUCGAAUGACUCAAAUUUGUAUAAGCGAAGAAGAAAUAGUAAUCCUAAGCAAGAAAGAUUGAAAGAGAUUGCGCAAGAAGAGAGAAAAAGAAAAAUCAAGCAGCAUUAGCUCAAGCUAGAAAGGAAGAUGAUGUCAAAAGGCGUCAAAAAUUAAAAAGAAA